AAAAAAAAAAAAAAAAACAGACAUUGCACAGACGCUUGCAUCGCAUCGUGGAGGCAUGGCAGAAGCGGAGUUACACACCUUUACCUCUAUAAUGGACGCGUUGGUUCGCAUUAGUUCCAACAUGAAGAGCAUGGAACAGGAGCUGCAUUGUCCGGUGUGUGAUGAAAUGGUAAAGCAGCCCAUCCUGCUGCCAUGCCAGCACAGUGUGUGUCUGCUGUGUGCGGCCGAGGUGUUGGUACAGAGGGGUUAUCCUCCUCCGGACCUCCCUCCAGAGCCCAACUCACCGGCCUCCACACCCAACACUCGCUCUCCACGUCAGGCACGAAGACCCACGCCCAGGACGCCUGACCGCCUGGAGCGGGUCCUGAGAACAGUGUGUGGGACAUACCCAGGACGGAGGCGGAAGGACACAGCCCUUCCCCCCAUGUUUUUCCCAUGUCCUUCCUGCCAGGAGGACGUGGAGCUCGGAGAGAAAGGCCUGACAGACUGCCUCCGUAACCUCACACUGGAGCGGAUUGUGGAGAGGUACAGGCACACAGUAAGUCUGGGCAGCGUAGCCAUCAUGUGUGGUUUCUGUAAGCCUCCUCAGUCACUGGAGGCCACCAAAGGUUGCGCUGACUGCAAGUCCAACUUUUGCAACGAGUGUUUCAAACUCUACCACCCUUGGGGAACCCCCCGAGCUCAGCAUGAACACAUACUACCCACCAACAACUUUCGGCCAAAGGUCCUAACAUGUACAGAGCAUGAGCAGGAGAGACUGCAGUGGUACUGCCGUAACUGCCAGAGGUUACUGUGCUCACUUUGUAAGCUCCGUCGUGUCCACCAUGGACACAAAGUGUUGCCUAUUGCACAGGCUUACCAGGCCCUCAAGGACAAGGUCACCAAGGAAGUCAACUUCAUCCUGGCCAACCAGGAGACAAUACAGAGUCAGAUCACUGAACUGGAAGCUGCCAUCAAACAGAUGGAGGCGAACAGCGCAGUAGCUCUGCAUCAGCUGACUCACUGCAUCCGAGAGCUGGGAGCGGCUGUAGCAGAGCGUCAGGGGGCUCUGGCUUUGGCCCUGGAGGCAUCUCGCAGCAGGAGAGAGGAGGCCUUGUCUGCCCAGGUCUCAGAGAGGCGAGGCCUGCUGGAGCACGCAGGCUUGAUGGCCUAUACACAAGAGCUGCUCAAGGAGACGGAUGCACCCUGCUUCGUACAGGCUGCCAGAGUCACUCACAAUAGGCUGGUGAAGGCCAUAGAAAACCUACAGUGCUUCACUCUCUCUGCUGAAACCUCUUUCAGACACUUCCACCUAGAUGCAUCUAAAGAGAUCAAACUUAUCCACGACUUAGAGUUCAUACGUGCCCCACUGGCUCCUGUCAUCGACACUCAGAAGACACUUGCUUACGACCAGCUGUUUUUAUGCUGGCGCCUCCCUCAGGACUCGGCCCAAGCUUGGCACUUCUCUGUUGAAUUCCAGAGACGGGCAGGAGGAGCUGCAGCCACGUGGGGCGGCAUCAGGUCCCCUAAUGCUGCAACAGCAUGGCAGCGUCUGGAUGAAGUGAGAGGGACCAGUGCUGUGGUUGACCGACUGCAGAUGGACAGUGUGUAUGUGCUCAGGGUGAGAGGCUGCAACAAGGCUGGGUUUGGAGAGUACAGUGAAGAGGUUUACCUCCACACUCCUCCAGCACCUGUGUUGAGUUUCUCCUUGGACUCACGCUGGGGGUUGCAUGCUGACAGGCUGGCAUUGGGUAGAGGCCAAACGUACGCCCGCAGUGUGCCAGGCCUCUCCCUUCUGCAGGCCGCUGACCGCACACUCACUUCUUGCCACUUGACUUCUGACCUGUUGGUGGCCGACUUAGCAGUCACUCAAGGCAGACACUACUGGGCAUGCUCUGUGGAGCCUGGAUCCUACCUGGUAAAGGUUGGAGUAGGGCAGGAGGCCAAACUACAAGAGUGGUUUCAUCUCCCCCAGGACAUGGCCAGCCCUCGGUGUGACCCAGACAGUGGCCAUGACAGUGGUGCCGAGGACGGCCAGGACUCUCCACCCUUCUGCUUCCUCACAAUGGGCAUGGGCAAGAUCCUGCUUCCUCAAGGACAUGGUCACAGUCAGAGCCAGGGGGACAGCCACAGCCAGGGAGGGCUGCACUCCCACAAUAGCAGCCAUAGCAACCUGCCUCACCCUCAUACUACUCCCCUGCCACCCCGACUAGGAGUGUGUCUGGACUGUGACAAAGGACGUGUCACAUUUUAUGAUGCCCACAGUUUGCGGAUCCUCUGGGAGGGACAUUUGGAUUGUUCAGUUCCAGUGUGUCCGGCCUUCUGCUUCAUUGGUGGAGGGGCCCUGCAGCUGCAGGACCUUGUGGCCAAUCAGAGCAUUGAGGAGCCGCCGCCACGGAGGGUAACUAUCCAAACACGUGCAACAAAUCUCAGCAAAUAAACUGCGGUGAGACAGCAGUUUAUGGGCACAGUUCACUCAGUGUCCAAAGUUUAUCAUGUCUGUAGAGUUGUUGAAAGGUGGUUUAUAUUCACCACUUAAUGUGAGUUGAUGAUUAAUUGCCUUGAUCCUGUCAAACUGUAACUGAAUAUGGUUACAUUUUCCUUUCAAUUUUUGAGAUCUGACUCAAAAUAUCUGACGUUGUUUUUGCAUUUGCACCUGGCCUGAAAGUAUUAAAUCUCUCUUUUGGCUUUAUUUAUUUCAUAUUUUUUCCCCUGCUUUCUUUCUUAUUGAUUUUGCAAUGCUCCUAUGGACAUUGUGGCUGAAGUGAUUUUAGACUAUGCAGAAUUCUGUUAAGGAGGUGAACACCUUUAAAAACAGAUUUAAAAAAAAAUCUGCUCUCCCUUUACACUUGUCUUAAUUUGUCCAAGAAUGAUCGGACAAACAACAAACGUUGCAUGCAAGUGUAACUAGGAUUAAUAAAUAACAUAUAUGCAGAUAACUGACUGUCACCUUGUAAAAGCACCUCAGAUGUACUGUAUGUCUAAUUUUAUAUUGUAUUUUUUUUUAAGUAGUCUCAACAAGUGUUAACGAUGUGUAUAUAAUUCAGAAUUACAGAAUGUGAAUAUUCUUGGGGUGUUGAAUAGAAAAGCUCUGCCGGCUGAUGUCAGGAUCACGUCUCUGUGUCUGAACAAUCCCAGUUGGUAUUUUAAAUAGUUGCUGUUUUGCAUUUCAAAAAGGACUUGUGUAUUGUGCAUUUCAGCUGGGUAGACAUGCUCACAGUUGCCUCAAUGUUUCCAGGUUACAAGAGAAAUCAAAGUAAAAAAAAGAUUCUGAGGAAUAAUAAUGAAAUAAUGUUCUCAUCAUGCUGUUAACAUGUGAAUACAUUUCAGUGUUUUACAUUUUGAGGAAAGGUAAAAACGCGAAUGGCCUACUUGUCCGGUAUUAAACUGUGGUGUUUGAGUGAUUUGCACAUACAUAUUAAUGAUCGAAUGUGACGUUUAAAGGAAGUGGAUGAAUGACAUGAUAACCAGCUGAAGUAGGCUAAUGAGUCAAAGCCUAUUUAAGGUUCUGGUUAUUAUUUUUUUUGACAUUUUCUUUUCUAUAGCUUUUGUUUUCCUCUCUGCAAGUGACAUUAUCUCAUUGACUUAGCUGAUUCACUCUUAUGUUUGGGGAAUGUAUGAGCUCAGUUAUGUAUCAUUUCAAUGCAAGAGAUGUUGUAAUAUUUUCAAACUGACUGGCUCUGACUGUAUUUUCAUAUACUAUAUGAUUUUGACUGGUAUGUGUGUGUAUGUGAGCUCUGGCUGUGACUUUAAUGCUUUCUGACGUGUGGAUGCGUGUUUCCUGUCUUGAAAGACCUGUCUAGACUCCUUUACUUGUGUGACAGCACAGCACUUGAAUGACUUUAGACUGUAGCAUCACAGAAAUCAGAACCUCUUCAUUUAGACUUAUCCUGGCUGGCAGAAUGUUUCUAUCAUGUCAUGAGCAAAACAAUAAAUAACUGCUAACAUGGA